UCAUCAGGAAGCGCCCCCCUUUUCUUUUUAAUUCCUCCGCCGGCGGAAAGGUCGCGCGGGGAAAGAUGGCGGCGGUCACGCUGUGGGGCUGCCGGAAAUGCCUUCGGAACGUGUGGCUCCUAUCCAGGCAGGGCUCAGGACCCAUUCGGGACGCUCUCCUUACCUAUCGGAUCGACAGACCGUCUUUACAGCUAUAUCAGUCUAGAUGUUAUUCCUCUGGAGGGAGGAAAGGUUUUAUAUCUGGCUUUGUGGACAACAUCAAGCAAGAGUUGGCAAAAAAUAAAGAGAUGAAAGAAAGCAUUAAAAAGUUCCGAGACGAGGCGAAAAAACUGGAAGAGUCGGAGGCCCUCCAGGAAGCACGACGGAAAUAUAAAACCAUCGAGUCUGAGACCGUUAAGACUUCCGAAGUCCUUAAAAAGAAAUUAGGAGAAUUGACGGGCACCGUCAAGGAGAGCCUGGAUGAAGUCAGCAAGAGCGAUCUCGGCCGGAAGAUCAAGGAAGGCGUGGAAGAAGCUGCCAAAACGGCAAAGCAGUCGGCCGAGUCGGUGUCCAGAGGAGGAGAGAAGCUGGGCCGGACGGCGGCGUUUAAGGCCAUUUCUCAGGGCGUAGAGACGGUCCGGAAAGAGAUUGAUGAGAGCGUCUUGAGCCAGAUGGGGCCUUACAAGCGGCCGGAGCGGCUUCGGAAGCGGACAGAGUUUGCCGGAGAGAGGCUGAAGGAAGAGAAGAUCUUCGAAGCCAAUGAAGAGGCGAUGGGGGUUGUUAUCCACAAGGACUCUAAGUGGUACCAGCAGUGGAAAGAAUUCAAGGACAACAAUGUGGUUUUUAACCGGUUCUUCGAAAUGAAGAUGAAAUACGACGAGAGCGACAACGCCGUCAUCCGGGCCACCCGGGUCCUGACGGAUAAAGUGACGGACUUUAUAGGCGGGCUGUUCUCCAAGACGGAGAUGUCGGAGGUUCUGACCGAGAUCCUCCGGGUCGACCCGAACUUUGACAAGGACCGGUUCCUGAAGCAGUGCGAGGAGGACAUCAUUCCGAACAUCCUGGAGGCCAUGAUUUCUGGAGACCUGGAUAUUCUCAAGGACUGGUGCUACGAAGGAACUUACAGCCAGUUGGCGCAGCCGAUUCAACAAGCCAAAGCGAUGGGUCUCCAGUUUCACUCCCGGAUUCUGGACAUAGAUAAUAUUGACCUGGCGAUGGGGAAGAUGAUGGAGCAGGGCCCGGUGUUAAUCAUCACGUUCCAAGCCCAGUUGGUCAUGGUGAUUAAAAACCAGAAAGGAGAGGUGGUAGAAGGAGACCCGGGGAAAGUCUUACGGAUGCUGUACGUCUGGGCCCUCUGCCGAGACCCCGAUGAACUCAACCCCUAUGCCGCUUGGAGGCUCUUAGACAUUUCCGCCUCGAGCACGGAGCAAAUCCUAUGAGGCUCAUCAUCCGCCUCCCGCCCGGCCUGGGCUCCUCUUCCAUCUCGGGCGAAGCCACCAGUGGAUUGGGGGAGUCGUGGAGAGCUCAGGGUGAACGGCGGGCGUGAGCAAGACCGGGAUGGCCAAGGAUAUUGUGUGGCAUUCUCGCAAGGAGCCAGCCCCCCCCCUUAUCCUUGGUUCCUGGGACUGGCCCCUGCGGCCCGAUUUGGAGCCCACUCGGGCCAAGACCUGCAUCGCACUGAAGGCCGUCGCCUGCCUCGCCCCCCCCGCGCUCUUCUUCUCUCUCCUCAUCUCCUCGCCUUCGAGUUGCGGCUGGUUUGGCGCGGCGCUUCCUGGAAGCCGAAAAAUCCUUACAGAGAGACUGGUGUUUCCCCAGUACUGCCAGGGGAAUAUUAUUCACAGGGGUGUGAGUGAGCGAGUGUGUGUGUGUGUGUCAGGGGGAUAGGCGGAUGUUGUGAUUGCCUUUCAGGGGGAAGAGGUGCGACUGAGGAAUCUGGCGGGCAGGGGCAGAUUUUCCAGCGCAAUGAAUUUGGAAGGUCUUCAUUAAAGUUUUUCAGUGGCUCGCCUU